AUGGAACCUGUAGAUGAAAUUGAUAAGGACAAGCUUACAGUUCUUAUAGAUAAGGCUAUCGUUCUUCUCUCUGAAUUAGGAAAUAAGGACGAGAUAGAGGAUGAUGAUAAGAUAACUUCUGAAAUGAAAGAACUUUUACAUAAGUCGAUCGGUGAGGAUAGUAAAAAAGUUUUAAAUGAAAUUGAUAACGAUUGUCCAAGUACAUCCAUUGGGGAACAUAAAACUACACUGCCUAAUAAUGACAAUUUAGCUUUAUUGAAUCAACAAAAACGGGUUAGUUUUGGACACGAUAUAUUUGAGGAAGGUCACCUUUCAGACGAGUUUAUUAAUUUGCCUUUAAAUUCUACGUCGCGUGAAGAUUAUAAUACAAUUCGUAAAAAUAAACUUGUGCCAAUUAGUCAAUGGGGGGUUUAUUUUUCCGGCGAUUGUAAGUUUAGUGUAAAUGCUUUCAUUGAGCGUGUGUUCGAACUCAAAGAUGCUAGAAAUACUACAGAUGAAGAUCUUUGGAGGCAUGCUAUAGAUUUCUUUAAAGGAGACGCCUUAAUUUGGUUUCGCCAACAGAGAAUAUAUUAG